AUGGGUCGAAUCUCGCCUACACUUCCAAACGAGUUGAUCGUGCUCAUCAUCGCCAAGCUCGACCCCGACAUCCCCGCCGAUCAAGCUGCCCUGGCCAGCGUCCUACGGGUUUCAUCUGAAUUCUGGGAACUGGGUGCGCCGCUUCUAUAUUCCAGCCUUUAUUUCCAUGGCGAUGAGCUAUACCGGCUCCUGGAUUGCCCUCCCGAAUCAAACGAGGCCCAGCAGCCUCUCAGCGACCGCAAGCGACGUUCCCUCGCGUUUGUUCGGCACCUCCGCAUCGGUGGAGGCAUAGAGUCUCAAACUCUGGAGAGAUGCGUCGAUGUGUCACUUCCCAACACACCGCUGUUCCCGAACGUCGAAAAGCUCAAACUGGGUGGAAGAAGCGAUCAUGACACCUGGUGCUACGAGAAGAACCCGCCAUAUCAACCACCAGAAGACUUCGUCCUGUUCCAUACCCCGGAUGUCUGCGUAUGGAACUGGGGCGCUCGCAACCAGCUCGACUGGCUUCCGAUGAAGGGAAUGCGAUCGUUUGCGUUGCACGGACACGAGUCGGCACGCUUCUUCUGCGACAUCCAAUGGGUCGAGAACGACAAUAGUGUGACCAGCAUCGUCAAAGACAAAUGGGUACCCCCGGACUGGACGAGUUUCCGGAUCUACGACGACUCGGGAAUGGGCUUCAUAGCCCACACAGUCGACGCGUUCACUUUGCAGGAGCAACGUCUCAAUGCCCGUCGACCUGGACUGCCGCCAGUUGAAUACUUCGAGUACUACGACAAGGAGGUGUGCCCUGGUCACCGGAUGGCACAGUCCAUGGCGGCGCACGCAGAAAUUGAGGCGAGGACCACGCCGACUUCCGUGAUCAAGCUCUCGGUGUAUGUUGCAGACAGCAAGAGAUUACCGCCGUCAUGCGACGUUUGCGAAUGGGGUGGCAAAUUGGACGAGAUUCAGAAGGAGAAUGCCUGGUAG